AUGGAAAAGUUCAAGACAUUGGGUGGUUCAGAAGGAUCCACAUUUUUCUUUUCGGUGGAACGCCAAAAGAAAUGGGAGCGACUUGAUGGACCUAUCGGUGCCUUUGUUAGAGUAAUGCCCUGGAGGCACUUUGGCCGAAAGAAUUUGGGGUAUUUGUUUGCGAUACUUCAUGGGGCAGAUUUCUUUUUUGAUUUUGACGACGACAAUUAUAUCAAAGUGGACGAGUCAACAGGCAAGCCCGUUGAAAUCCUUCCAUCAACGACAGUACUCGAUAAUGUGAUGGUGGCAAUGUCGGGGCCAACAGCUUUCAAUCAUCAUCCAAUGAUGAAGCCAUCGAUCCCGGCUCCAUCUUGGGCUCGUGGUUUUCCUUGGGAAUACAUAAAGGACGAAGCAACGGAAGGGGAGCCAGCCUUUAGCCAGUCGAUACCAUUUGUUUCCAAAUUGAACUCCAUCGGAGUGAUCCAUGAAGGUGCAACAAACGUCCUUGUUCCAAAGCACGCGUAUAGCCCAUACAAUGCUCAAGCUUCAAUUCAUACACAACCUGCCCUUUGGGCAACGUUACUUCCUACAACCGUCCCGGGUCGUGUUUCGGAUAUUUGGAGAUCGUAUUUUGCUCAGUGCAUUUUUGCUGACUCGAACCUUCGACUGGUCUUCUCACCUCCAAAGAUUGAACAAAUACGAAACGACCACGACAUUCUGGCUGACUUUGCGGCUGAAAACGACCUUUACACGAAAAGUGGAAAGUUGAUUGAUUUCCUAUCUAGUUGGGACUCUGAACAUCUCCAUUUUCCCCAGCGAGUGGAACAGCUAUGGAUUGAUUUAUACGAAAGAUCAUACAUUGAAUUGGAUGAUGUCGUGGCGUUGCAAAAGUGGCUGGAGGCAUUGAUCACAAUGGGAUACAAGUUUCCCGAGUUGAAGCCUAGAUUCCGUAACGUCGCACUGAUGGGUCAGUUCAAUUUUGCAGACUUUCCCAACAGCAUGACUCAAAUCAUGAUGUGGAGUCAGAAGAUGAGAGAGCGCUUUCAAACAACCAUUGCUGCAGCUCCACUCAACAAAACCCAAUUGGCGUACUUAGAGACACAUCGUAUAGACGCCAUACCAGCCAGGGAUUUGAAACUGAGAAAAAGGGAUCACCUAGGUUUCUACAACCCGCUUAGCAACUUGAUGAGGACUUUGCUGCGCUUUGAAAACUCGUCGACGAUUGAGGCUGUGCUUUAUGCCCAUGAUGACGCCCUGCUGAACCUAACCGAGCUAUCAGAAGGAAAGUAUCCUUUCCCGACCGACAAGAUCGCCAAUCGAAUAAAGGGCGAGCUUAGUAAUGCCGCAUUUGUUGAUCUAAGGACCAUGCCUGAUAGAGCAAAAGCAAGGACACUUUCCCAUCGCGUUUUCCCCAAUGGCACAAUAAGUGAUAUCGACAAGACGAUUUUUGUGAACACAUCAAGCGAGUUAAAGAAGCAAAUCCCAAGUCUCCACGCAAAGUACAAACAAUGGGGGCAUUACUACUGCGCGCCAGGACAGCAGCAAAUGGCGAUGGACCCUGAAUUUGCAAUGUACCUUGACCCAGAUGGUUCAGCAUGGUUCCCAUUUCACACACAAUCUGAUUUUCUCAUCGUACCAACAAAAUAUGCCAAACCGUUCACAGAAGCGGCAACCAUGCACCUGAAACAUUUUAUUUGGAUUGAGUGUGCUUUCGGGAAGAUCGUGGAUAUUCUUCAGCAGCAGCUGCAAGCACCUACCCGACUGGUGAAACUCUGCACUGGCUUUGGAGAUAGACGGGGCAGAUGGGAUGUGAUUAACAAUCACGACUGCCAGUCUGAGAGCGUGGCCGUGUUUCACCCAUUCAAAAUUAGAGGUCGAUUUGACGAGUUUUGGGCGCAUGCCGACGAAAUCAAUUUCCCUGCUUACAGUAGCCGGGGUAAAAAUUGA